UCAUCUGUGAAAAGUUCAUCAACAAACCAAUGAAGCCGGCGUCAAUGGUGGUUGGUGGUGGUGGCGACGGCGAUGAAGAAGAGUAGAUAAAGCUUCGAGCUUUUAAGCACCAACCAUCGCUUCUCAUCAUUCUCAUCAUUCUCAUCGCCAUCGAGACCAGAUCUCUCCAGAGUUCCAUCCAUGGCGCGCAAGAAGAUCAGAGAGUAUGAUUCCAAGAGGCUACUCAAACAGCAUCUCAAGCGCUUGGCCGGAAUCGACCUCCAAAUCCUAUCCGCUCAGGUUACGCAAUCGACGGAAUUCACUGAGUUGGUGAACCAGGAGCCCUGGCUUUCAUCCAUGAAGCUUGUAGUGAAGCCUGACAUGCUGUUUGGGAAGCGAGGGAAGAGUGGGAUGGUGGCUCUGAACUUGGAUGUCGCUCAGGUGGCUCACUUUGUGAAGGGAAAGCUUGGAGUGGAGGUUGAGAUGGGAGGAUGCAAGGCUCCCAUUACUACAUUCAUAGUGGAGCCAUUUGUUCCUCAUGACCAGGAGUAUUAUCUCUCCAUCGUCUCAGAGAGGCUUGGUUGCACUAUCAGCUUCUCAGAGUGUGGUGGGAUUGAGAUUGAGGAUAAUUGGGACAAGGUUAGGACUAUAUUCCUUCCAACUGAGAAGCCUAUGACGUCUGAAGCUUGUGCCCCUUUGAUUGCAACUCUUCCUCUGGAGGUCAGAGGGAAAAUUGGGGACUUCAUCAAGAGUGUAUUUGCAGUAUUCCAAGAUUUGGACUUCACUUUCCUUGAGAUGAAUCCAUUUACCUUGGUGAAUGGGGAGCCAUACCCAUUGGACAUGCGAGGAGAAUUAGAUGACACUGCAGCCUUUAAAAACUUUCAAAAGUGGGGAAACAUCGAGUUCCCGCUCCCAUUUGGCAGAGUCAUGAACCCUGCAGAAAGCUUUAUUCAUGAACUGGACGACAAGACAAGUGCCUCCUUGAAGUUGACUGUUUUAAAUCCCAAGGGACGCAUUUGGACGAUGGUGGCCGGUGGUGGUGCAAGUGUUAUAUAUUCAGAUACAGUUGGAGACUUGGGUUACGCAUCUGAGCUUGGAAACUAUGCUGAAUACAGUGGAGCACCUAAGGAGGAUGAGGUCUUGCAGUAUGCAAGAGUUGUUCUUGAUUGUGCUACUGCUGAUCCUGACGGUCGCAAAAGAGCUCUUCUCAUCGGCGGGGGAAUAGCCAACUUCACCGAUGUCGCUUCUACAUUUAAUGGAAUUAUUAGAGCCCUGAGGGAGAAGGAAUCCAAGCUAAAAGCUGCAAGAAUACACAUCUAUGUUCGUCGAGGCGGUCCAAACUAUCAGACUGGUUUGGCAAAAAUGCGAGCUUUGGGCAAAGAACUCGGCAUUCCACUCGAGGUGUAUGGACCAGAAGCUACAAUGACUGGAAUCUGCAAAGAAGCUAUUGACUGCAUCAUGGCUGCUGAUUAGAUUUGCAAACGUUUGUUUAUGUGUUCAAGUUGGUCAUGCAACAAAUAAGCAAUAUCAAGAAGAGUUGAUGUCUCUGCAAUAAGUUUGAACUUUAAUGUUCUGGUGUAUGAACGUAUUUAAUAUAAGUUCAAUGGCAUAUAUAUAUAUAUA